GGUUGCCCGAACGACCUGGAAACUAUCGUGCACCUCAGGGAGGCGUGCCGCACGGGUAGCUCGUGGACCGGGGUCCUCACUAACCAGCGCAAGUCCGGGGAGCUCUUCCUCAACCUGCUCGACCUCCACGGGCUCACAGUGGCGACCAGCCGACGCACCGGCGAGCCCCUGUGGUUCUUGAUCGGCAUCCACUCGGACGUCACCGAGGAGGCCGAGGCCGCGGGAGGUGAGCUGCCGCGUGAGCGCGUGGAGCAGAUCCACGAGGUCGCCAACAGCAUCCGGUCCAAGCUCACGGAGGACUUCUCCCGCAUGGCCGUGUCGGGGGCGCUCCUGGCCAACCUCGAGGUCUCGGACGCAGACGCCAGCGCGGAGGAGUGGGUCCUGCUGCCCACGCCCUCGUGGGGGGUCCACUCCCGCACGGAAGCGGCCCUCUCGGGGGCGCCCGUGCGGGCCUCGCAGGCCUCCCCCGAACCGCAGUCCCGACCGCCGCCGAAGCUGGCGGGCUGGCCUGGGACUCCGGCCUGGAGCCAGGAGCCCCGCUUCGCCGCCGCGGACGCGCUGGCCGGCGGCCCCGCUGCGGCGGCGGUGCGGCUGGUCGCAGGCGCGGCGUGCCUGGCGUGCGUGGCCUCGGCGCUGGCGCUGUGCCUAGGGGGAAACCAUGCAAAGUGA